ACUUCUUCACACAGAGAAAACUGUGACCCAUCCAACAAUCCUUGAAAGAGAAACCCAAGCAAAAUUAAAAAGAUAGAAUGUGAAUGUUGUCUUAAGUUUCUAUCAUCUAUUUUUCAUGUAAUUUUAAUUUUAUUUAUUUAUUGAAUGGUCUAUAAUAACUUGCCUUCUAGCUAGCUCUCCCUUCUUUCUAUUCUAUUUGUUUUCUUUGUCUUUCCUUCAAACCUCUUAACACUUCUCUUGUGUCACCUUAUCCUCCUAUCCUCCUAUCUUUCCUCGUCUCGUGUCGAUUCGACUACCGCCUUUUCAUCACUUCUUUUCAAGUAUACAUUUAUAUAUCCUCUACAUAAUUUGAAUGAACUAGAGUUUCAUGCAAGGUUUUUGUUUGUAAUUUCCAAACAAAUAAGUAUUCUUUUAGUUCAUUAAUUAUUGAUUGAAUUAUAUAUUGUGACUUUGUGAGAGUUUGAAGAAAUAAAAAGGUGGUUAAGAAAUGGCUCCAAAGGCUAGUAAGGCUAAGCAAAACAAGGUUAAAGGAGAGAAGAAGAAGAAGGAGGAAAAAGUUUUACCAACAGUAAUUGAAGUAACGGUUGACACACCAAACGACGGUCGAGUUACUCUUAAGGGGAUAUCUACUGAUAAGAUUUUGGAUGUGAGAAAGUUGUUGGCUGUGCAUUUUGAGACAUGUCAUUUGACCAAUUAUUCUCUAUCUCACGAGGUGAGGGGACCAAAGCUCAAAGAUACGGUGGAGAUCUUUUCCCUCAAGCCUUGCCAUCUCACCAUCUGUGAAGCAGAGGACUACACCGAAAACGACGCCGUCGUACAUGUCAGGCGGCUGCUGGACAUUGUGGCAUGCACCACAGCGUUUGGGCCGAAACUGGCCCGGAAAGAACCCGGCUCGACGAAAGAUGAGGGAGAAUCGGAAAGUGAGAAGAAAUAUGAGGUGGCGGCAGCGGCGGCGGGAGGAGAGAAGGGAGAGGUUAAUAUGUGUCCGCCACCGCAGUUGGGGCAGUUUUACGACUUCUUCUCUUUCGCUAAUUUGACUCCUCCUAUUCAAUAUAUUAGAAGAUCUAAUCGCCCAUUCCUUGAGGACAAAACAGAAGAUGAUUUUUUUCAAAUCGAUGUCCGGGUUUGUAGUGGAAAGCCUAUGACAAUUGUCGCCUCAAGAGAAGGAUUCUAUCCUUCAGGGCGCCGACAACUCCGUUGUCACUCAUUGAUUGGCCUACUGCAGCAAAUUAGCCGCGUGUUUGAUGCGGCAUACAAGGCUCUUAUGAAAGCUUUUACGGAACAUAACAAGUUUGGCAACCUACCUUAUGGUUUUCGCGCAAACACAUGGGUUGUCCCUCCAGUGGUUAAUGAUAACCCUUCUGUUUUCCCACCUCUUCCUGUGGAAGAUGAGAACUGGGGAGGAAAUGGAGGUGGCCAAGGAAGAGAUGGUAAGCAUGACCGCAGAAAAUGGGCAAGAGAGUUUGCAAUCUUGGCAGCAAUGCCUUGCAAAACAGCAGAGGAGAGGCAAGUACGAGACAGGAAAGCUUUCCUCCUCCAUAGUUUAUUUGUCGACGUUUCCGUCUUUAAAGCUGUUGCUGCUAUUAAGAAUAUCAUCCAAAGCAAUCCCAGCUCUCCUGUUGAGGUACAUGAGGAACAAAUUGGAGAUUUGCUAAUUACGGUAACAAAAGAUGUAGCUGAUGCUAGUAAGAAGUUGGACUGCAAGAAUGAUGGUAGCCAAGUUCUUGGAUUGCCCCAAGUGGAGCUUGCCCGUAGAAAUUUAAUUAAGGGAAUAACUGCUGAUGAAAGUGCUACAGUUCAUGACACUCCUACACUGGCUGUUGUGGUUGUUAGACAUUGUGGCUACACAGCUGUUGUGAAAGCUUCUGGUGAGGUAAACUGGGAAGGAAAACCUAUUCCCCAAGACAUCGAGAUUGAGGACCAACCUGAAGGUGGUGCCAAUGCUUUGAAUGUAAAUAGUUUGAGAAUGCUGUUGCACAAGCCAUUAUCUUCACCAUCUACUUCUGCUCCACGAUCACAAAGUACCGACCUUGAAGAACUGCGUUCUGGUAGGUCUUUGGUCAGGAAAGUGAUUGCUGAGAGUAUAUUGAAGUUAGAGGCAGAAAAUACUAAAUCUGUGAAGCCCAUAAGGUGGGAGCUUGGUGCUUGUUGGGUACAACAUUUGCAAAAUCAGGCUUCAGGAAAAGCAGAGUCCAAGAAUGCUGAGGAGGCUAAGGUUGAGCCAGCUGUAAAGGGUCUUGGGAAGCAAGGAGGACUACUGAAGGAAAUUAAAAAGAGAAUUGAUGAAAAGCACGGUAAAGAAGUUGGUACAGAUAAUGGACUAGACAUGAGUAAGAAAUCAGAUGCAGCUGAUCCAAAGGAGCUAGAGAAACUUGAUGCGGAGAGAGAAAGCCUAUGGAGGAAGUUAAUAUCUGAAGCAGCUUAUUUACGUUUGAAAGAAUCAGAAACUGGUCUUCAUUUAAAGGCCCCUGAUGAACUUAUUGAAAUGGCACAUAAAUACUAUGCUGAUACAGCCCUCCCGAAACUGGUGUCAGAUUUUGCCUCUCUGGAACUUUCUCCAGUCGAUGGAAGGACACUAACUGAUUUUAUGCAUACAAGGGGCCUGAAGAUGUGUUCUUUAGGACAAGUGGUUGAACUUGCCGACAAACUCCCACAUGUACAGUCAUUGUGUGUGCAUGAAAUGAUUAUUCGAGCCUAUAAGCAUGUAUUGCAAGCUGUGGUUGCGGCAGUGAAUGAUGCUGCUGAAUUGUCGGGUGCAAUAGCAGCAUGCUUAAAUGUGUUGCUUGGAUCACCAUCAUCUGAGAAUGCUGAUGAAGAAACUGUCAAUGAUGAUAACCUGAAACAGAAAUGGCUGGAAACAUUUCUUUUGAAGAGGUUUGGUUGGCAGUGGAAACAAGAAAUCUGCCAAGAUCUUAGAAAGUUUGCCAUCCUCCGCGGGAUUAGCCAUAAGGUUGGACUUGAGCUCAUUCCAAGAGACUAUGAAGUGGACACCACCUGUCCAUUUCGGAAGUCGGACAUCAUAAGCAUGAUUCCAGUUUAUAAGCAUGUCGCUUGUUCUUCUGCUGAUGGGCGUACACUCUUAGAGUCAUCAAAAACUUCCUUGGACAAAGGCAAAUUGGAAGAUGCUGUCAACUACGGGACUAAGGCACUCUCCAAGCUUGUUUCCGUUUGUGGUCCUUAUCAUCGCAUGACAGCCGGAGCAUAUAGUCUUUUAGCUGUAGUGCUCUACCAUACAGGAGAUUUCAAUCAGGCUACCAUUUACCAGCAAAAGGCAUUGGACAUCAAUGAAAGAGAGCUUGGACUUGAUCAUCCUGACACAAUGAAGAGUUAUGGAGAUUUGGCCGUGUUCUAUUAUCGUCUUCAGCAUACAGAACUGGCCCUAAAGUAUGUCAAUCGUGCACUAUAUCUCUUGCAUCUAACUUGUGGUCCUUCUCAUCCAAACACUGCUGCCACAUAUAUUAAUGUGGCAAUGAUGGAAGAAGGUUUGGGGAACGUUCAUGUUGCAUUGAGAUAUCUUCAUGAGGCUCUAAAGUGCAACCAGAGACUGCUUGGAGCUGAUCAUAUCCAGACUGCAGCGAGUUAUCAUGCCAUUGCAAUUGCUCUAUCUUUGAUGGAAGCUUACUCCUUAAGUGUUCAGCAUGAGCAGACCACUCUGCAAAUUCUGCAGGCAAAACUCGGAUCAGAAGACUUAAGAACUCAGGAUGCGGCCGCCUGGCUUGAAUAUUUUGAAUCUAAGGCACUAGAGCAGCAAGAAGCUGCUCGCAAUGGCACCCCAAAGCCAGAUGCCUCCAUUUCCAGCAAAGGCCACUUGAGUGUAUCAGAUCUUCUGGACUAUAUAACCCCAGAAGAAGAACUAAGAGCAAGAGAAGCCCAAAGGAAACUAGCUCGUGCAAAGGUCAAGAACAAAACUGAGCAAACCUGCGAAACGGUUGAAGAUGAAUCGCCCAAGGAUGAAAAUAUAUCAACGAGCUAUAAACCUGAGAGCAUCAGUGACAAAGAAAACAAAUCUGAACCUAUUCUUGUUGAGCCUGCACAUGAGAAAGAAGAUAAUUUGAGUGUCCAAACAGUCACCGUCCUGAACGGUGAUCUAUCACAAGAUGACAAUUCAGAUGAAGGAUGGCAAGAAGCUGUUCCUAAAGGCCGGUCAGCCACAGGCCGCAAGCCUUCUACUUCAAGGAGGCCAAGCCUAGCAAAACUCAAUACAAAUUUCGUGAACCAACAACAGCCACGAUACCGAGGGAAGGCUGCAAAUUUUACAUCCCCACGAACUCCAUCAAAUGAGUCUACUGUUAUUAGUCCAUCAGUCCCGAAAAAGUUUUCCAAGAGUACAAGCUUUAGUCCAAAGCAGAAUAACACCACAACCACCUCAGCUGCUGCAACAACUGAGAAAGUAGUGAAUAUCAAGUCUGCACCAACUAGUCCAGCUUUGGUUGAGCAAGUUCCCAAGUCAUCUCCUCUUGCAAGUUCAGUUAAUGUUCAGACAGCUGGAAAGAUGUUCUCCUACAAAGAGGUUGCUCUUGCCCCACCUGGAACAAUCGUGAAGGCAGUUGCAGAACAAUCAACUAAGGAGGAAAACACUAGUUCAGAAUCAGCUCAAUCUGAAGAAAAAGCACCAGUUAAGGUUUCAGAGAAAGAAACAACUCAGAAACCGAAGGAUGAGAAAUUGGAAGAAACUACCAGUAAUGAAGAAAGAAAAUCUGGAGAUGAGCCAGAAAAGGUACUACCAAAUGAAGUUAAAACCAGUCCGAUCAAGGAUACAACAAAGACUGAGAUCCAAACAAGUGCUGAAGUUGGAAGUUUGAGUACCUUAUUGACCUCAGAUCUGAAGGAUGGUGAAGUUGUGGAAAAGAGAGAAACUGAAACUAUCCAAGUCUCGGAAUCAAGUGGAAAGGAUGCUGAAUUGACAGUGGAAAGCAGUGGAAUUCCUUCUCCAACAGAAGGGGAGAAACAUGAAGGAGAAGAAGGUGGGAAGGAAUCAACCAAGAAACUUUCUGCAUCAGCUCCCCCGUAUAAUCCAUCAAUAAUACCAGUUUUUGGGUCUGUUCCAGUACAAGGUUUCAAAGACCAUGUUGGAUUACUACCUCCACCUGUAAAUAUAACAUCUAUGAUGGCAGUUAGUCCUGUCCGUAGAUCACCCCAUCAAUCAGCUACUGCAAGAGUUCCUUAUGGUCCACGGUUAUCUGGAAGUUAUAACAGGUCUGGGAACAGGGGUGUCCGCCUCAAACCUGGAAUUCACAACGGAGAACAUAUUGGGGAUGUAAACCACUUCAAUCCUGCUUUAAUCAUGAACCCACAUGCGACAGAGUUUGUUCCUGUUCCAUCGUGGCUUCCGAAUGGAUACCCGGUAACCUCAAAUGGUUAUAUGGUUCCACCAAAUGGGAUGCCAAUGUCCCCAAAUGGUUAUGCUACUAUGUCUCCAAAUGGUGUUGCUACAUCACCUAACGGUUACCUGCCCUCCUUAAAUGGCAUUCCAGAGGCUCAACAUGGGUUCCCAGGAUCUCCUGAUGGUUCCCUGGAGUCUGCUGAUGCUGCAGCUGUUGCUCAAAACAAUGAUCAGAUUGUGACUCAAGAAAUAUCAAAGAACUCUCCGAUAGAAACUGCUGCCGAAGUCAAUAUUCAGGUUAUGACUGAAGAAAAGUUGGAGUACUCUUCGUCAGAAACUGCUGUUGAAAACGUCGAUCAGGUUGUGACUGAAGAAAAGUCAGAAAACACUUUGUUAGGAACUGCUGCUGAAACAAAAGACCAGGUUGUGACUGAAGAAUAUUCAGAGAACUCUUCACUCGAAACAACUGCCUCUGAUAAGCAAGGAGAACAAGAAAAAACAGCAGAUGUGAAUGGUACAACUGCGACUGAAGAGUCUCCUGUUGCAGAAGCAGCUCUAUCUGAUAUAGUUGAGGAAAAAUCCAGUAAAACUUUGGGAGAUAACAGUGACAACCAAGUUGAAAUUGUUGAGGUUACUAGUUGAACGAGAUAGGUUUGUUGAUAGAGGAAUUCUGCCACCACAUUCAACAGCUCCGUGAUGUGCAGCAGCCGUCUAACAGGUGAGUGAAUCAAUAGGAGCAUAUUUUGACAAAGCAGUAUGCUUUUGGUUCAGAUCUGACUUGAUUAUGUAAAGCAUACAUUAAUACAGCUGCUUUUGACUUAUACUCAAAGUAGUGUAUAGUGUAUACCAAGUGUUUCAAGUUAAUGAGCAUGCAUGCUUGCAAUGGAGGUUCAACCAUGGCGGCUAUGGGACUAUGGACCGCGCCAUAUUUAUGCUAGUUAAUACAAAUUAUUCAAUGUAGUACCAUUCGUGUAAUAUUUUGUUGAUAGAGAUUGUUUAACGUACAAGUAGAGAACAAGAUAGAGCUGGGAUAGAGUUUUUUUUUUUUUUUUUCUUUUUUCUUUUUUCUUUUUUUUGCAAUUUUGCAUUGAUUAUUUAUUUUUCUUCCCUUUUUGAGCCUCUGUGAAAGACCUCUUAACAGUAAUAAUAAGCAAUGCUGUGCUUUCAAUUGACCAAAACGUUUUCUA